AUGGACACUGGCGGUCUUGCUCAAAUGACUUACAAUUCUUCUUUCAAUAAUGGUGGCUCCCUGGGUGUGCCUGGCUCUGGCUUCGCUUCCCGCGGAAAAGGCUCUCACAUCAAGCGCUUGAGUAUGCCUCCCCAGGUUGCCACCAUCGACGAGACGUCCCAGACCGCCCCAACCUCCUCCACUCCACGCACCAGUCGCUCUCACCUCUUGGCUGGACUGCGUACUGCUCCAAAGUCUGCGACCAUUGUUUCUCCUCAACAGCGAAGCCGGAUGGAAGGUGAACGACCUCACCGAGUGUCCGAUCGAGUUCCACACACUGCCACGGGAACUGGAUUCCCUCAGCAUGCCUAUACGACAAAUCGGAACACGAACUCGCAAUUCACUCAGCACUAUUCGCCCCACAAUUCUCACCACAUUCCACGUAACUCGCAAUACCAUCAGGACUCUCACAACCGUAUGGUGUAUACCAUGCCAGAGCAGGUACUUGCACCUCCAGUGCUUGAAAUGGCUGGUGGUGAGAUCCCCAUCGACGAGAGCAUGUACGCUGAAUUGAUGUCAACCAAUCUGUUUCUAGCUGCUCAGCAGCAACGCUUGCAGCAGCAGUUGAUCAGCGUCACUGCCGCAGCUCAGCAAUUCCAGAACCUCAACCUGGGGAUGCCUUAUCAACAGCAGCAGCAACAACAACAACAACAACAACAACAUCAACAUCAACAUGUCCCUUCCAUGCCCAACAUGGGAUUCUACCAACAGCAGCUCCAGCAAGGCGUUCAACCCAUUGUGCAGGCUGUUCCUGGCCAGCCUGGAAUGUUCUGUGUGUUCAACCCUUUGACUAACCAGCAAAGUUUCAUCAUGGACAACAACUCUCAGGAAGAUUCUUCUCAGUGUCAGUAUGGUCAACAAGUGCCCCAGUUCCGUGCCGAGAUUUCUCCUCCUGCAGACUCUGCGCAAUCUCCGAUGCAAUUCCCCCUGCCGAUCUCUUCUCCGAUCGGUAGCGGUAGCCCCUCUCCACCCUACGAAUCAUCUACCAACGCACUUCGCCGUGAUCACCGCAAGAACCCCUCUUUCAAUCCAGCCACGAAGGCACACAUUGAUAUCACCAAGGCGAACGCAGCGACUGGCCCUCGCUCUUCUCCGCUUCCUCCGACACCGGCCACUGGAACAUUUGGACCCGGUCAAGGUCGUGCUGGCGAGCACCCGACGCGUCAGCCCCGUGGACCCCCUUCACUCGAAGAUCUGGUCGCCAAGCCCACCUCCAAGCACGAGGGUAGCAAGAACUUUGCGACUCGUCAGCGUCGUCGGGCUGUGCACAGCCUUGUUCGUGCAGGAAUUGAGCGUCGUAGUGAUACGCGCAGUCUUGGAUAUCAUAGCAGCGGGGGUACGAACACUCCUGCCAGCGAGAAGGAAUUUACCUUCUCCGACGGCGAUGAUGCCACUGUGCGGAGCGGCGGUAGCCUUUCCAGCAAGCCGAGCCUUGGCAGCCUGCGAGCGGUAGCUAACGGUGCUAUUGGAUCCGAGAGAAAGGAAAAGUCUGGCCGGGACCGCAGGUCUCCGGACAGCCCUUUCCACAGUGCUACCCCGACUAGUGAGGAUGGUGGUUAUUUUGGGUCCAAGUUUGUGGAUGUUCGCGGCGACUAUGUUCCCUCGCCUAGUGCCAGUGGCACCUCGUCACCCUCGGUGGCGUCUGUUGUUACUGGCCAGGGGCCGGCGGCCCACCAGGCACCAGAGCGGCGCAAGACGCCUAUGCUGGUGCUUUCCAGUGCUGAAAAACGCAAGACCUCUUUCAUGUAA